AUGGCAAUGGCAAUGGAAAAUGAUAAAACAUUAUGUGAUAUAUGCAAUGAAGAAAAAUUAACAUAUCUUUGUGAAGGAUGUUCAAAAAAGUUCUGUUCGAUGGAUUUAACAGAACAUCAUCAAAUGUUAACUAAUGAAUUACGACAAAUUGAUAUUGAUUAUGGAUGUGCAAAAGAAUUUUGUUCAGUUCAUGUAAACGAACAUAAACAAAAAUUAAAUGUAGAAUUAUAUAAUAUUAUUGAUGAUCAUUAUCAAUAUGAACAAAGGACUCGUGAACAAAAAGAAAAUCCAUAUAAUCAAUUAUUAAUAAAUGAAAUUGAUCAAUGGGAAAAAAUUUCAAUGGAAAAAUUAAACAACAAUCAAAAGGUUGCAAAGAAAUUAUCAUUGGAUCAUUACAAACGUGUAUUAAUGAUAUUGAAAAGAAAUUUAAAGACUUGA